AUGGUUUAUCCCUUCGACCUUCCGACAACGGCGCACCUCUCCUUCCAGACUAUCCUUUCGUCUCGUACGCAUCCUUCCCUUCCACAGUCUGCAACUACAGCCCGGCAUGCUCUCCGCCUCACCCUCAAAGCGCACAACCGCCUACCCCGCGGCCCCCAGCGCGACUCCCAUUUAACCUCCGCCCUCUCCGCACUCAACGACUACCUCCCAUUUCUCAUCGCAAUUGCCCAGGGACUCAAUGGGAAACCAAUCGACCCUACCGUGAACCCCAAUAUUUCGCAGGGCGAGGAAAUUGAAGUGACCCAACGCACCGAGUUUGAGCCUGAAUGGCGCGCAACGCUGUCGGCAAGCUCAUUGCCUCUCAAAAGCCCUCGAGCCACUACGAAUCGCACGCGCGGACCAGGCAUCCAGUAUGAACUCGCUUUCACCCUCACGACAUUAGGUUACGUUCUAUCAUCUCUUGCCAGGUCCGGCGUUACCCGCACACUUUACGCAUCCUCCACACCCAGCGCUGAACAACGCACGGCAGCCAUCCAAACCGCGACAAAGCACCUCCUCCAAGCGAGCACCAUACACUCACUCUUGUCCUCAUCUCAAUACUUUACAACGGUCUUGGAAGUCGCUGGAACACCGGAUUUAGCACCAACGACGCAGGCUGCUCUAUCAUCUCUCGCUCUAGCUGAGGCAACCCUGUAUGCUGUUCUGAAAGAUGACUCGUACGUAGUCGCUUGCAUCCAGUCCCGAAAUCCCAACGACAAGGAUUGGAUGGUACGAACACCGGAGAUUCCCAAGGUCCGCGCGCAUCUUUUUGCCCGAUUGUGCAUUCGUGCAGCAGAGUAUGCGGAGCAAGCGGCUACGGGACUGGGCUCUGUAGGCGUUGAGGGGCGAAGAACGGGGCUUGACCCGGACGUCAUACAGUAUGCUCGUGUUCUGGGACUGGUGGCUCGGGCUAGAGCUUGCCGGUUUUUUGGAGUUGAUGCGGAGCUUGCUGGAAAGAUCGGGGAAGGAAUUUCCUGGCUUCGGGCAGCCAAGGGGGCUCUCGGGUUGAGGAGUACGGGGCCUACAGAAGAGCCGGCCACUAAAAGUCGGGGUUUGUCCAAGUUGAAGCAAGGCUUUAGGGAGCGUCGUGAGGAGCGCCGGAUGGAAAAGGGUGCCGGGGGUGAGAGGUUGGAGAAGGGAGAGCUAGGCCCUGGAGAUAGCGCUGGUCGAGAGGAAGAGGGGCGAGUGCUUGAGAUGUUGGAGGCGAAGUGGGUGCGAAUGAAUGAUACCAUAAACACGCAAUUGAUUCCUUCCUCUGUGGAUUAUCUUGCCAAUUUGCCUUCGGGUCGAGACGUCCUGCCACCCCAGCCCUCAUACGUUCUUCCCUCUUUAGAUGAGGAGCACUUGACCCGGAUGCGUGCUCCACCUACGGAGCUCGAGUUGAGCCCUGGUAGUGACAUUGAGGACAGUGAUGUCGAAAGUCCGGCUGCGGGGGAUACGCCCGGUGCCUUUCCCGAACGGACUGACAGCGCUUAUUAUUGA